AUGUCUCAGCCGCUCGUAAUCAUCGUCACAGGCGCCGUAAGUGCCCCCUCAUCCCUGCCCUCCACACUCCUCUCACCGCCUCUCCCCCCCCAAACCCCUAAUAAACAAUUCAAAUAGAAUCGCGGCAUCGGCCGCGCCAUCUGCGAACAGAUCCUCUCUCGCCCCAACUCGCCUCCCCUCCAGCUCUUCGCGACUUCCCGGAAAGGCGAAGAUCUCAACCUCGACGCAGGUGGCGGAGCCAAGGGAGAAAUCGUCUAUCCGAAACUGGACAUUUCCAGUCGAGAGAGUAUCGCCGCCCUCCGCGAUCGUAUCGAAAGCGAGACGGAUGGCCACGUUUCCGUUUUGGUGAAUAAUGCGGGCGUCAAUCUGGAUGCGCCCGGGAGUUAUGGGCCGGAGAAUGCGAAGAAGACGUUGGAUGUGAAUUUUAGGGGGACGGUGGAGGUAAGUAAAUGUCUUGCCCUUUUUCUCUUUUCUAUGCUGUAUUGACUUUUGUUUUCUUUUCUUUUUCUUUUUCUUAUUCUUGGCUUGACUUGAUUUGUUGUUUGUUGAUUGACUUUUGUGUGGAAUAUCUAUCUAGAUGUGCCAGGCUUUCCUCCCCUUCCUCUCACGAGCAGGCAACCAGGGAGGAGGAAGAAUUGUGAAUCUGGCUUCGGUUGCUUCUUCCAUCAAGGCCUACAGCCCGGAAAUCCAAGCGCGGAUUCGAGAUGCCUCGGAUCUCAAGGAGCUGGAACAGCUCGCGAGGGAAUUCGAGGUAUUCAUCUGCCCUGCCCUGCCCUUUUCCCAUCAUCAUCCAAUCGAUCAUCCUUCCCGCUGACCCUUUUUGUCUGUCCGUCCCACCAAGUCCUCCGUCUCCACCUCCACCGAACAAUCCACCGGUUUCGGCCCCCCAGGACGCUCCUAUUCCGUCUCCAAAGCCCUCCUCCGCUCGGCAACCAAUCUCCUCGCCCGGCAAAACCCUUCCCUCCUCAUCAACAGCUGCUGCCCAGGCUGGAUCUCCACGGACAUGGGCAAACUCGUUGGGUCCCGUCCGCCCAAGACGCCCCAACAAGGAGCCCAGAUCCCCGUCCGGCUAGCCGUUGACGGCGAUUUCAAUGGCGUGUCCGGUGCCUACUUUGCUAACGAUAGUGUUCGCUCAAAGGAACGGGGACGUGUUCAGGAAUGGGAUGCUUGA